CGAACGCGCGGGCGAUUGAUCGAAGUCGUCGAUUCUCAUUGACGAGCGGCGCGCGAGGUCCGCAGGUGUGCCCCGACAGAUAAUUGUGGCAUGAGAGAAAGAGAGCGAGGACGUGUGUAGAUAAGGGUGAAACCCCCUGUGCCGUGGCCAGUGAUAGUGUCGCAAUGUAUUCGCCCAAGCGUUUAUUAGUCACGUGUGAGCGAUCUCUGUGUGUAUACGUGUGCGCAAAAGAGUAGGUUUUAUUUCGUUCAAUUGACAUCCUGAAGGGGUCUGAUGAUUCAUCGUGUAUCAGGCUAGAGUAGCCAAGGUUUUUUUUUACGAGUCUCUGAUCUAGUUCCCGAGAGAACUGGAAGUGAAUUUUUGGAAAGUAAUAAACGGAUGAUUGUAGAUUGUGCGAUUGCGGAUGCAACCUUGCGUUACGACUGGGUUGUGAUUGCAGUGAAGUGUCGCAAUGUUUACCAGGUCACAGCUUUGAGAGAAGAACUUGAAAAGGAAGAGUUUUAUGUGGAAUAUUUAGAGAGAUUACUAGCCGACGUCGAACGGCACAAGCAGCUGGCUAACAAUACCGGCGCGAAUACGAAUACAUCUGAGAAUAAACAGGAAACGGCAGCGGAAACGCAGUCUCAACAGGAUUCUCAGGUAUCGGAAAGCGGCUUGGCGGAUCCUUUAAACUCGCCGAGUACACAAAACGUCGAACCGUUCGCUCCCACUUUGACGGACCGAGAAGAUAUUAGUAAGUUUCAAGACAAGUGCGUGUCCGAAUUGAGCUCCACCCUCGGCACAGCUGGCAAACGACCCAGGAGCGAAAUCCCAAGGAGUCCCGAGAAAGUGCCUGAACUUAGAAGAAACAGUGAUCCAGAUGUGCCAAGUAAUUAUGUUACAGUGAUCGAAGUCACCGGAAGUUCGAAGAAAGACAAAAACGAGGAAUCUCUUAAGGAAGAAGACGAGAAAGACUUAGAAAAGGCUAUCAACGAAGAUGAUGAAGAUGGCGACGCAGAGGCAUCGGAGGAGGAGCCUUAUUACGAUUCAGUAGCCUUGGACCAAACUGGGGAGUAUGUUUACAUUGACGCGCGCGUUCCCACUGUCAACAGUAAUAAUAAUGGUAACAAGGCGGCGACUCGAAGACCACCCUCGCUGCCAGAUUCGCCGGGCAAUCAGAGUAAUUAUGUCAACAUCGAUUAUUUUAUACAACACAGAGCGGCGAUGGACAGCGAAGACGAGGAGGGUGCCAGUCCGGCACCCCCGAUUUUGCUGCGUGCUCUCAGCACGGAUAACGAAACCGGCAGUAGCGAUGCCGAACCACUGAGUUUGAGCGAGGGUAGUUUGGAAUCGCCGACCCCGACGACGCCGCGCAGACAAGAAAAGAGCAAGGAGCGCGAGGACGAUAGGACGUCGAUGGUCAAGUGUAUCGUGAACUCGGUAGUGGAGAGCGAGGCUGUAUAUGUCGAAUGCUUAACUGUGAUGUUACAAUAUAUGAAAGCUAUUAGGGCAACUUUAACGACAUCUCAACCGGUUAUUUCGGAAGAGGAAUUUGGCACAAUGUUUUACAAGAUCCCGGAAUUGCAUGGUCUGCAUCAGACAUUUCUGGACGGUCUUCGAAAGAAGGCGGAAAAGUGGGAUAAUAAGACUACUAUAGGAGAACAAUUUAAGAUUAUGGCCAGUAAUAUAGGAUUAUAUGGUGCGUUUUUGCAUAAUUACGCUCGCGCGACCGAUACCGUGCGACGGUGCUCCGCUCAUUCCACUCAAUUCGGAGAGAUUACUAGAGAUAUAAGACUCAGGGGCUUCCCAAAGGGCCCGGGUUUGUCUCUGGAGGAUUUGUUACAUAAGCCAGUUGCUCGAGUGCAAAAGAACGCUUUAGUUUUACACGAUCUUCUCAAACAUACGUCAGUUAAUCAUGCAGACCAUGCGCCUCUGUCAGAAGCUCUCGCUAUGACCAGGAAUUUCCUAGAUGAAUUCAAUAUCAUUCAAACGAAGUCUAUGUUUCCGAGUCACGAUAGAGCUCAACGAAGAUUGGUAAAAAAUUCAUUUGUAGUCGAGCUCUCGGACAGUCACAGAAAGCUGAGACAUCUAUUUCUCUUUAACGACGUGAUCGCCUGUGCGAAGUACAAAGCGUCUGGCAGGGAUAAGUUUACGUUUGAACUGAAAUGGUACGUGCCGGUGGCAGAAGCCGCUGUUACCGAAGACGGCAUAGAACCGCGCGAAGCCAGCCCUGCUAAUGUGGUAGCUUUAAGGUCGCAAGCGUGUACAGUACGCGAUCAAAUUUUAUGGGAAGAACGAAACGACGAAAAACGGAUCAGAAUAGGUGGCAGAGGUUCAGAGAAGAAUCGAAAGAAGCUCGCCGAACUUGAGGCUCAACUGGUAUUGGCCUCACCGAACUUAGUCCUGCGCGUCGCGCACAAAAGUCAACAGAAUCGAGUACAAAAUUCUUACACCUUCUUCUUGUCUAGCGAGUUUGAGCGUUCCCAAUGGGUAGAAGCGGUGGAGGCGUUACAACAGGGCGGACAGCCUCCAGGACAGCUGCCACUGUCGAUGUACGAACUGCAGGCGUGGGUUACCGCCUGUCGAACGUAUUUGCAGACCGACAUGGGCAGCUAUCUGCUGAGAUCAGGACGCGACGAAAGCUUGCUGCUAGGUGAUCUUCAUCUGACGCUGCUCGGUUUGACUCCGCCAGGUUUAGACAGAGUGGGUGAUCUCUAUAUCAUCGUAGAAGUUGACAGCUAUGGACACUACUUCAAGAGAGCGCGAAGUCGCAUCGCCAGGGGUCAAGCUCCAAUUUGGGGCGAGACUUUUGUAGUAGAGUUGGAGGGAAGUCAGAACGUGAGGAUCUUGUUGUACGAGGAAUGUGGCACACGCUCGGUAUUGCGAGGCAAGUGCAUUCAGCGGUUGAGCAGAUCUUGGCUUCAAUCUGAUCAGGUGGAAAGGUUGCUAAAUCUGGGACCCGCGACGUUGGACGUGGCGUUGCGUUUUGUUCCCAGCGAGGUCACUCUGAGGCGAGUGCCGUCGGCCAAACCACAAGGCUUAUUCGGCGCCAAGAUCCAACAAGUUUGCAAACGAGAGAAACGCGACGUGCCUUUCAUAAUAACAGCAUGCGUGCGAGAGGUAGAGAAACGUGGCGUUGGCGAAGUAGGCUUGUAUCGCGUUUCUGGUUCCGCGUCCGAUGUGGCGAGGCUGCGCAAGUCGUUCGAGAGUAAUUCGUACGAAGCGGAGCAGCUACUUAAAGAGGUGGACGUGCACUCAGUGACGGGCGUGUUAAAGCUAUAUCUACGCGAGAUGCCGGAGGCGUUGUUCACCGACGCCCUUUAUCCGGCAUUUCUAGAAGCCUUCCAAACAGGCGACUUAUCACGGGGUGCCGCUCUGCGCCGCGUUUACGAGGGCCUGCCUGCUGUCAACAAAGCGGUGAUCGACUUUUUGCUAGCGCACCUGGCUCGUGUGAACAAGCACGAAGCACAGAACAAGAUGUCGCUGCACAAUCUGGCCACAGUGUUUGGACCCACGUUGCUGCGACCUGGCACCAGUAAUUCGCGCAACGAUUCCAAGAGCCGCGAUCUUCUCGCUGCCGGCACCGUCGACGUGAUGGCGCAAGCCGGCAUUCUUUACUGCUUCAUGCAGUUACAUAUGCAACAACAAAACAAUCAAUCUCUCUAGUCGACAAAGUCCCCUGAUCCUGAACGCGAUUAACGUUGCCGUACGAUUUGAGAUCAAAAUAGAUAAUCGGCAACGCAUUUUCUUCCUGACGAAGCAAACGUCGAAAAGACGAUGUAACGGUGUCUGAAGAACAGCCUGGUAAUUCAUUCGGUAUCGUUAUACUUAAUCUUACAAAUAUUUUAUUUUGAAAAUGUAAUAUCUGUUCUUAUUAUAUGCCAUAAUGUGUUACAUCAUUUAGGUAACAAUAAUUUACGUAAUGCAUAACUGCGCUGCCAAAUAAGGAUAAAUCAGAAGCUUUUCAUUUAAUUUAAUUAAACAUUUUUUUUUAUUAAGUGCAAUAUCAUUUUUUUAUAAAUUUUAAUAAAAUGACUAAGUUUUUCUUUUCCUUUUUUUUUAUUAAUAUAAUUUCAUUGAUUAAAUCGAGAGAAGACAUAAUCACCAAUUUCCGUCCUUCAAACACCUGUCAGAUGUCUUUUAUAUUGUGCGCUGACACAAUAAUCCAUUUGUAUCGUUGGUCUCUUUGUAGACAGUUUCGCGUGAUGUAUCUCUUUUCGCGAUCCUAAGAUAGAGUCUGGAAAUAUAUUAAAAGCAAAUAGAGUGGCUUUGACGAAACCCUCCGCAAGAUGAAACUCCUAUACUCCAUACGCGUGCAAAGUAAUGUAGCCGAGCUGCUCUUAUAGAACGUAUAUAAAGCGUAAUAUUAAUAAUAAUAUAUAUAAAUACAUAUAUCUUUUUUUACUUUUGAGGUUUAUAAUAUAUUUUCUACUAUUGUCUGAGCGUGUGAAUAUCGCUCGCGCAUAAUCAAAUUGAUGAUGACCUUUCCUGAGAUGAGAUUUUUCGAGAUAAUGAGGAGCGUGAAAUGGUGCAGAAAUUUCAGGUGAGAAAUUGGCCAAAGAGGGGAUUAGAUAAGUCAAAGCAAAUCGGUAAGAAUGUUAUAUUAUCUUUGUAUAUUAAAAAUAUCCUGAAAAUUUAUAAAGAGAAGAAAAAGAAGAGAGAUUCGUUAAAGAGUGAGAGUUUUUUAAGGGAGAAUCUAAAAUAAUAAAUUUUGUAUAAAGUCUGAGACCGAAGCUUUUAAAGCCUGAAAUUUGUGUACUGAAUAUGCAAUUUGGUGCGCCUGUGCUCUAGAAAAUAAGUACUUUUUCACGUGACGUGUGUUCCUAGCAGAGAAUCUAAAUCUUUUUAUACGAGCCCUUUUGUAUAUCCGUUGCAGGAAGCAACCUAUUGCCCUAAGUAAUAUGGAUACUGUACUCAAACGAUAGUGUACGACAUCACACAGAAAUAUUACAACAUUUGGAGAAUGAGAUAAAGAACGAGAGAGAGGGAGAGAACGAAGGAGAGAAAGAGAUUUAGAGAGUGAUUUGUUCUUCCUUGAAGAUUCUGCGGAAUUCAGGAAACGACGUUCCUCACAAUGUGCAAAAAUCUGUUAUACAUGUGUAAUGUAAUAAUCGUCCAUUCCAUUUGCUCGAGUUCUCUAUGAAGAAUCGAAUUUGACAGAUCGAAGCUUCGCGCGAAGAAGCUCGAAGUUUUGACCCAAAAAGACAUACGACUGCAAGAAAGAAGCCCUCCUUAUUCCGUCAGAGUGGUAUUUUUCGACAGUAAUUUUGAUCAAUGUGUGUCCAUUUUUACUACUGUCUAAAUGCAGCUUAAUGAGACGCCAAAGAGAGAAAGGUACGUUCCCACAUGUAUAGAGUGUUGUGAAAAUCGUAAUUUAUAUAUUUUUUUAAAUGCAAUUUUUUUACGGAAAAAGAAAGUGUGGAAUUAAUUUGUUUUUGCACAAGAGACUGUUUUUCCCGAAAAAAUCUAUAUUUAAAUCAAUAAAUUUUUCUGUUUUUCUUAGAUCUUUCAAAUUAAUUGUCUCGAAGAGAAAGUGCGCGAGAAAAAGAUUUGAAUAUAUCCUGAAGUUCUUUUCUUUUUUUUACAAAAUACUGCUAAUUUGGUUAACGUUAUGAUUUUUGGAACGCUCUAUAGUAAAAAAAAAAAAAUUAUACCGUAGUCGAUAAAACGAGAGACAAAACACAAACACGCGAGUUUGGCGAUGUAACAAGUGAACAGAAUUCAGUACAGUAUCUUGCGUUAUACCAAGCUGUCUGCAUCUUGUGUAAAAGAGAAGAAAAAAACGUAAAAAAGUCAAGUCUGACGAAAGUGUUCGAUAAAAAUAACGACAUGUAAGAAGUAUUAAAUUGUUUAUGCUUGAACAAAAUAGGCAACUAUUGUAUCUCGUGCGUAUGAAGGCAAUCGCGUGCGUGUUUGUGCUUGUUUGUUUUGUAUGCGUGUAUUAUCCCACCCUUUCCCCGUGUAUGUAUCAUACCGUAAAAAGAGAUACCGCAUAUACUAAGAUUAAUUUUGAUAUUGUCGUUUUCAAAGGAACGUCCGCCUUUUUUUGUACAUUGUACGAAGUGUAAAAACGAGUUUCCUUGAUUAUUAUUUGUGUUAUUAUUAAUAUUAUUAUAAUAUUAAUAUUAUUACUCCACAUAUAUAUAGUAUAUAUACGAGAUAAUUAUUGCGUCACAACUAUUUGUUACAAGAUUUGAUCAAGCUAGCUUGUUCGCAGCGAAAUGCGUACUGUACUGCCAAAAAGUGAAGAAACACACUUAAAGUGGAUAAAUAUACUGAAAGUUUAUAAACUUU